AUGAGGCGUUCGCUCGUCUUGCUCCUGCUUUUGCAGGCAGUUGCAGUGCUCGGAUCUCACGACCAGCAAGUUUUAUCUGAGGAGAGGAGCCCUGAACCGGUUGACCCGACGAGUAACGACCGCCAUAAUCGGCACGCGCAAUUCGAAUGGGAUGUCGAAGAGGCUACUCCGCCGAUCCGGCAGCCAGGUGCCGACCUCGUUGAUGAAGCUUUAGCCCAUCUUAGGAAAAUCCCGGAUACCCAGCACCGCCGACGACGCCGAUCCUCCGGCCUAGUAGGCCAGCUAUUUGACUUCACCAUCAAGUCCCUAUUUACUUGGAAUGUCCCCGCCGCACCCCAAGCCUCACCGAUCGUCACGCGCGGCCCUCUCCACGAUGCUGUCGAGCUCCUCCAACAAGCCAGUCAGCAAAACAAUUCCGACGCCCUCUAUAUCCUCGCCGAGAUGAACUUCUAUCGAAACUACUCCCACCCACGCGAUCUCAGCACCGCCUUUUCCUAUUACGACAAGCUCGCGACCGUUCACGGAAAUACCACAGCCCAAUUCAUGCUCGGGUUCUAUUAUUCCACUGGUAUCGGCAACGUCGUCCCCAGAAACCAGGCCAAGGCGAUGCUCUACUACACCUUCGCCGCGGCGCGGGGUGACACGAGAGCCGAGAUGGCUCUCGGCUUCCGCCAUCAUGCUGCCAUCGGCACGCCAAAGAACUGCGAACUCGCCGCCAAGUAUUACAAGAGGGUCGCCGAUAAGGCCGUGGGCUGGUUCCGGUCCGGCCCGCCCGGCGGCAUGUCCUGGGUUCAGGAAUCGUGGCGGAUCGCGGAUGACAAUGGUGGUGCGUAUGGUCGAGGUGCUAGCGCCGCAAGCUCCGGACUCAACGCUAUUAAGAUCAACCUUCAUUCUCAUUCGAAUGCCGCCAUUGACGAUGUUAUCGAGUAUCUCGAUCUUCUUUCGCAGAAGGGCGAUUCGCAGUCGUCACUCGACUUGGGAAGGAUUUACUACGAGGGUCAGAGGCGGCAAGAGCGAAAUAUGGAACUGGCGAAGAAGUACUUCUUCAUAGUCGCUAAGCGUUAUUGGAAGAAGGACGGCCGUGUCCUUGAGAAUUACAAGGCAGGGAGUGAGAGGAUCGUAGCCAGGGCCGCCGGCUACAUCGGUCGCAUGUACCUACGUGGCGAGGGUCUAGAGCAGAGCUACGAAAAGGCAAAGAUGUGGUUUGAGCGCGGUCGAAGUCUUGGGGAUGCGUCAUCCAUGCACGGCCUCGGGCUCAUGCUCUUGCACGGUCACGGCGUUCAGAAAAACAUUGCCCUAGCUACCGAGCUCUUCAAGGCGGCGGCGGAGGACUACGCCCCGGCGCAGGUGGAACUCGCAGUGUUGUAUCUCGACCAGGGUGGUCCUGAGGAUGUCCGGGUCGCCAACAACUACUUCGAGCUGGCGGCCCGCUAUGGCCUCAUCGAAGCUCACUACUACCUUGCCGAGCUGAUCUUCCACGGCGUAGGGCGAGAUAAGAGCUGCGGGAUGGCCCUCCAGUAUUACAAGGGCGUAGUCGAGAAGGCUGAACCGUUGGUGUCGUCCUGGGGAGCCGCGAACCUGGCCUACGAGGAAGGCGAUUAUGAGACUGCGCUUUUGCACUACCUCAUAAUGGCGGAGCAGGGCUACGAAAGAGCGCAAAACAAUGUUGCACAUCUGCUAGAUCCGGAUCAGUCACGCCUAGCCCUCGACCAGAGGGUGGCCAAGUCGUUGCACCUUCCCUUACUUGCAGGCCGUCCUUCGUCGUCCUCUCCGCUCAUGCAGGACCCGUCCACGGCGCUGAUUUAUUGGACACGGUCGUCGCGACAGGGCAAUGUCGACUCGCUCGUUAAGAUGGGCGAUUAUUACUUCUACGGCAUCGGCACCGAGCCUGAUUUCAACAAAGCGGUGCAGUGCUACACAGGUGCGGCCGAUUAUUCGCAGAGUGCCCAAGCGCUCUAUAACCUUGGGUGGAUGCAUGAGAAUGGUGUGGGCUUGACGCAGGAUUAUCACCUUGCAAAGCGAUACUAUGAUCAGGCAUUGGAAGUCAACCAGGAGGCUUACCUUCCUGUGACACUCAGCCUCUUGAAACUGCGCUUGAGGAGCGCAUGGAACACCUUUACCCAUGGGCCCAUCCACUCUAUUCAAGACGAUCCUAAACCCAAAAAGGAUUGGUCACUUGCUGAGUGGAUCACCAAUUUCAUCCAGGACGAUACGAACUAUUAUGAAGACAGCCUCUACGAUGACAUCUUCGACGACACUAUCGGUGAUCGCCAACAUGGUCUUGACGAAGACAGCGGCCUCGAGCUCCUAUUCAUCUUUGGAAUUUCCAUGGCCCUCGUCGGGUUGCUGUACUACCGACAAUUUAGACAGCAGCAGAACCGCCGACAGCAGGACGAGGAGCGACGGCGUCAGAACAACGGCGCUGCGGGAGACCAAGGAGAGCUAGAUGAAGGGGUGUUUCCGCGAGCGAACGAUCCGGAGUUUGCGAAUUGGGUUGCCGGCGGGAUCGGACAUUGA